AUUGUACAUCGGGACAUCAAGCCGUCGAAUAUUCUCAUCGACGCCCAAGGGCGCGCCGUCAUCUCCGACUUUGGUCUUUGUGCGGCCCUCCCCCCAGGAUUGUACGACACAUGGCGGGGACACGACUUUGUCGGAACACCUGAGUACAUGGCACCCGAGAUCCGCGAUGGGGGUACCAUGCCCGAUUACGGGGCAAGCGUCGAUGUUUACAGCCUCGGCGUCGUAUUG